CCAACACCUCUUCAUCUCUCUCCAACGUCCGUCUCUGAUACACUCGUCACUCAAGUCUUCAGCAUGGACAAGUUGGCAUCCUGCUUCCUCCAACACGGAACAUCAUCCCAAAGCUUCAAGCCCUGCACUCUUCAGGGAUCCACUUCACCACUCAAGCCUGCGCCUGGCAGGCGAUCCGUUUCCAUCGUCCGGUGCGUCCCGACCAAGCUUGCCGCCACAGGCGCCAGAGGCACCAGCGCCGAAGUCGGCACCGGCCGCAACACGAAGCCGCAAGGCGGCGGCGGCGGCGCCAGCUUCGACUUCGAGCGCUACCUGUCGGCCAAGGCCAAGGCAGUGCAAGACGCGCUGGACGCGGCCCUGUCCCGCCUCGGCCGCUGCCCGGAGCGCCUGAGCGAGUCCAUGCGCUACUCGGUCCUCGCUGGCGGCAAGCGCGUGCGCCCCGUGCUGGCCAUCACCGCGUGCGAGCUCGUCGGUGGCGCCGCGGCCGCGGCCACCCCAGUCGCCUGCGCCGCCGAGAUGAUUCACACCGCGUCGCUCAUCCACGACGACAUGCCGUGCGUGGACAACGACGCGCUCCGCCGCGGCCGCCCUGCCAACCACGUCGCCUUCGGCGAGCCCACGGCGCUGCUCGCGGGCGACGCGCUCCUCGCCUUCGCGUUCGAGCACCUGGCCCGCGGGUGCUCCGCGCUCGGCGUUCCCGCGGACCGCGUGCUACGCGCCGUCGCAGAGCUCGGGAGUGCGGCGGGCGUCGGGGGCGUCGCCGCGGGGCAGGUCGCGGACAAGGCGAGCGAGGGCGCGCCGAACGUGAGCCUGGCCUCCCUGGAGUACAUCCACGUGCACAAGACUGCGCGGCUCCUCGAGGCCUGCGCCGUCUCCGGCGCCGUCGUCGGGGGAGGAGGGGACGAGGAGGUCGAGCGCGUCCGGCGGUACGCGCACUCCGUCGGGCUCUUGUUCCAGGUGGUGGACGACGUGCUGGACGUGACGCGCACGUCGGAGCAGCUCGGGAAGACGGCCGGGAAGGACGUGGCCGCCGGCAAGGCGACGUACCCGAAGCUGAUGGGCGUCGACGGGGCGCGUGCGUACGCCGCCGAGCUCCUGGCGAAGGCCGAGGCGGAGCUCGACGUGUUCGACGCCGCGCGCGCCGCACCGCUGCGCCACCUCGCUCGGUUCAUCGCGUACAGGCAGCACUGAAAUCGCCACGUGAAAAUGGGUCGCACGGAGAGGAGCCCAAAUCGAGUGAUACUUGCCGUUGUAUCCUUGUUGUGCUUAUGGGCUUUCGAGUAGAGUAUGGUGCUGUGCACUUGUGCUGUCGGCUGAAGUUUUUGAGCAAACCCUGCAGCCCAUCAGUUCCUAUACUGCAUAUGGGCUAACAACACCCCGCAACGAUACCCGAUGAGGUUUAGGAUUC